CAAAAGUUAAAAGCUCUUUUACUAAAUGUGCCUCAACUCAACUAAAGGUCACCACUACUUUAUAUGCUAGUAAAUGAGGACAAACAUGCUUCAGUACAGGAAGGUUUAACCACUAUCAAAGUAACAUUGUGGAUCAAAAUGCCAGGGAAGUUUUUUUUCUUGGUGAUCACUGUAGUGACAUUGACCAACAAUGCAGUGACUUCCAAGGAAGCGGAAGGGAAUGAAAAUACAAUCUCUGACGAUGAUAACAUUCCAGGAGUGGCUGGAAAGGACUAUCCUACAUGGAAUCACGUGCCUAAAACCAGCUUCCGGUGUAAAGACUACGAGUAUGCGGGAUAUUUUGGCGACGUUGAAACAGGAUGUCAGAUCUACCACGUAUGUUUUCCCGAUGGAAGAAACGCCAGUUUUUACUGUGUCAAUGGGACUGUUUUCAAUCAGCGAUACUUUGUAUGUGAUUGGUGGUUUAACUUCGAUUGUUCGAAGGCACCUGAUCUAUACAAUUUAAAUUUAUUCAAGAGGCCUCCACUGCCAGUCCUUCCCCCUGUUAGAAGACAAAUUUUUGUUCCUUCUCCUAAACCAAAAGGGGUAAAAGAUAAAAAACAGGCACAACGGAAACCGACAUCUCCUCGAAGAAAAACGGGCACAUUUACUACAAAGAAACCACAAAGGAGACUGUCACAUGUUGACAACUGUUAUUGCCCAUGCUUAAACAAAUCUUAAAGUUCAUGAUAAA